GGGAUCGGAGACUGCUACUACACACACGGCUCUAUAUAUUGGGGAUUAACAUAUUAUGGUUCGAAUAGGGACAAUUGCAUAGCGAAAUAGAGUGGUCGUCAGCCGUUGCACUUGAUACAUGCAAUAUUGAGGAUUACUAUUCACGACACGAAUUUCUUAUUUCGAAUCGAUAAUAUUGAUGAACCUUGUCUUUAUAUGGGGUAUAGAUUAACACCAUUGGUCAUUAACGUGUGUGUGUGUGCCACAUUUUGCUGCUUAAUGACAGAGGGUUGAAUUAUAGCUGAGGAUGGAAUACCAGAAAAUGAACAGAAAGAAAGAACAUUCCACAGUAAGGUUCCACGAUGUGUCUCGCAAGACGUCAUCAGUCCAGAAAUACAGUCACGCAUACCUACCACGUUUAAAUCGACAAAAUACCGAGAUAUCCCCAGUAACUAGAAUGGACGAACAAAUGCACGACCUUUUGGAUGCAAUGACUGACGAUAAGAUUGAAGAAGACGUAGCAAAACUUACAGCUAAACAGAUAAUCAACCGCUUGAUCUUGUAUCUUCGUAAAAUUUCGUCCAUUGAUUUCAAAGCUGCAUUCCAAAUUGAAAACAUUCCUCAAUUUUCGAGAGAUACAGGUACUCUGUAUUAUAUUUUACCAUUUAAAUACGAAGGAGUUCACAUGGAAACAUUGGAUCCAGGCUAUGUGACAUUCAAACUUCCGAAGCAAGCCCUGGAUAAAUUAGACCGGUUCCAGAAAGUCAGGGCAUAUGAUGGAAUCCAUCUUUCUCCUUUGAAGUUCCAGUGGUAUAUCAGUGAACUCGUUCAAAAAGCUGUAAAACGAAUAGAUGCUGAGAAAAAGAGCCGAGCAAAACGAAACUACGAAAUAACCACCGACAAAGAGAGAUUAAAUACAGACGAAGAAAGUAGGGAUAUAGACAAAGAAAAGAGGAAUACGGAAGAAGGGAAGGGGAAUAUGGAUGAAGAAAAAUCAUAUGAAAAAAACAGGAAUGCAGGCGAAGAAGAGGGAGAUAUAGAUAAAGAAAAGGGAAAUAUGGAAGCAGAGAAGGGGGAUACGGAUGAAGGAAAUACAGAUGAAGGGGCGACAGAUAUAGAUGAUAAAAUAUCUAGUGAUAUGAUGAAUGAGAUGGAAAUGUUGGGUGUCGAAACAUGUUUACAUACUUCAGAAGUAUCAGACACAGAGUUCGAGUUACCGUUUACAAUUAAACUAGCUGGUGGAUGGAAGGUAGAACUUCUACCAGCAAUAUUCACUUCAUUAAAGGAUCCAGUGUAUUUGAUGAAACCAUAUGAAAUAGAUGAAAAUAAUCAUUCUGAUAUUCGUUGGCGAAUAUGUUAUGCCAAACGUGAAACAACAUUACUUAAGUCAAUAUGUAAUACCGACAAGGAUUUGAGAUUAGAAGCCAUGAAUGUGGUAUUAGCUUGUUUAAAAUGUGAUUCAAGGUUAACUUUAUUUUCAGAUUAUCAGAUUCAAACUUGUCUUCUACAUGACAUGGACUUUCUCAUGGAUAACUCACCGCGAUGGCAGAGACAGACAUUACAAAGAUGUGUUCAAUCUUUAUUUAAAAGGGUUUACGAUUAUGUGACUUCGCGAAAUUUACCACAUUUUUUCAUCGAAAAUUUUAAUUUAUUCGAAUACUGGACAGAAAAUGAACUAAAAGUAGCAAAAAGUGCCCUGGGAAGACUCAUCUCAAAUGAAUCCGCUAUGAUGAAUCUGAUACAAAGAACAUUACGCAGAACAAUUGACACGACUCCCGUUAGUUUACCAGAAAAUCGAAGCAGUUCGACGGAUUUUAACCGAUUUGAUUUGUAAUAUAUGUGAGUAAAAUGAUCAUUCACUAGA